UCCGCGCUCGCCGCCGUCUCCUUCUACACCUACUACGUCAUGUCCCGGGUGCUCGACCACUGCGAGGCCGCCGGCCGCCGCCACAUCCGCUUCCGCGACCUCGCCGCAGACGUCCUCGGUUCUGGAUGGGCGUUCUACCUAAUGGUGGCCGUGCAGGGUGCAAUCAACGUCGGGGUCACCAUUGGCAGUAUUUUGCUCGCCGGCAACUCUCUACAGAUUAUGUACACGAGCUUGGUGCCGGAUGGCCCUUUGAAGCUGUACCAUUUCAUCAUCGCCGUCGCCUCCGUGCUAGCUCUCUUGUCCCAGAUGCCGUCAUUCCACUCUCUACGGUACAUUAACCUCGUCUCGUUGGUCCUUAGCGUCGGCUACACCAUCCUCGUCUCUGCCGCUUGCAUUCGGGCAGGUCUCUCGAGCAAUGCUCCGGCGAAGGAUUACUCGUUGAGCACAUCCAAGUCAGAGAAGACCUUCGACGCCUUCCUCUCCGUCUCCAUCCUAGCUGCGGCGUUCGGCAACGGCAUCCUGCCCGAGAUCCAGGCCACGCUGGUGCCUCCGGCGGCGGGGAAGAUGGUGAAGGCGCUGGUGAUCAACUACUCGGUGGCCUUCUUCACCUUCUACCCGCUGGCCAUCACCGGCUACUGGGCCUUCGGCAAGACGGUCCAGUCCAACGCCAUCCAGAGCCUGAUGCCAAACGCAGGACCCUCGGUGGCGCCGAGGUGGCUGCUCUGCCUCACCGUGGUGCUCGUCCUCUUCCAGCUCCUAGCCAUCGCGCUUCUCUACGCGCAGGUGGUGUACGAGGUCAUGGAGAAGAGGGUGGCAGACGCGACGCGGGGGAGGUUCUCGUGGCGGAACCUGUUGCCGCGGGUGGCGAUGCGGACCUUCUACGUGGCGCUCUGCGCCGUCGACGUGGCGCUCGCCGCGUUCGUGGCGGCGGCGCUGCCGUUCUUCGGCGAGAUCGUGGGUGUGAUCGGCGCCGUGGGGUACAUCCCGCUCGACUUUAUACUCCCCGUCGUCAUGUACAACAUGGUAGUGUCGCCGCCUAGGAGGUCGGUGGUGUAUGUGGCCAACGUGGCGAUCAUGGUCUUGUUCACCGGCCUCGGGGUCAUUGGCGCCGUCGCGUCCGUGAGGAAGCUCGUGCUCAACGCCGGGCGUUUCAAGCUCUUCAACGACCAUGUCGUCAAAUGAAUUCAUUUCUUGCUUCUAUCACACGACCUCGAUCUCUCGUCGGGUAUCUAGUUAUGUAUUGUUAGGUGCACCACAUUUCUCAAAAAAAAAAGCGCCCUGACUGUGAUUU